AAGAUGGAAUAUUUUAGUGAUUUAGUGGGGAAGAAAAGAAAUGGAAAUGAAAAUGAAAAUGAAAAUGAGAUGGCAUCAGAGUUGUGAAAGUUGAAAUGUAAAAAGAGGGCUGUAUGGAAAGAAAUGGAAGUUUAGCGAUCCGCCAUUGACAAAACCCUAUUUGCUGCAGAAUUCCCAUGAUCUCACCUGAUUUAUAGAAUAAUGAUAAAUAGUACCGUUGAUGACAACGGCCAUGCUCAAAUUCCUGAUGAGCAGCAACAUCACUGCCACUGUUGCCAAUUUCAUAGUCAAAAUCAGCACAAGCCCGUAGCCGUACCCAAGUGCCUACCAAAGCGCAUAAUUUUGGUUCGUCACGGCGAGAGCGAAGGUAAUAAAGACGACGCUAUGUACACCAUCACCCCCGAUUAUAGGAUCCCUCUAACUCCCAAGGGAAUUGAUCAAGCCAAGGAAGCUGGCUCUCGCAUUUUUGACAUCGUUUCUGAUAAUGGUUCUGAGGAUAACUGGAAGGUCUACUUCUACGUUUCCCCAUAUGUGAGAGCACGUUCCACCCUACGGGAGAUAGGCAGGGCUUUUUCCAGACGGAGAGUUCUUGGCGUCAGGGAAGAAUGCCGAAUUAGAGAACAAGAUUUUGGUAAUUUUCAAGUGGCUGACCGCAUGAAAGUCAUCAAAGAGACUCGCGAGAGAUUUGGCCGCUUCUUUUAUCGAUUUCCUGAGGGAGAAUCAGCAGCUGAUGUUUAUGACAGAGUUUCCAGUUUUCUUGAGUCUCUUUGGAGGGACAUUGAUAUGAACAGGCUCCAUCAUGACCCUAAUGACGAUUUGAAUCUUGUGAUUAUAUCUCAUGGUCUAGCUAGUCGUGUGUUUCUGAUGAAAUGGUUCAAGUGGACAGUUGAGCAAUUUGAGUAUCUAAACAAUUUAGGAAAUUGUGGAUUUAGAGUUCUACAAUUAGGGCUUGGUGGUGAAUACAGCUUAGCAGUCCACCAUACUGAAGAAGAGAUGCUGGAAUGGGGACUAUCCCCUGAAAUGAUUUCAGACCAAAAAUGGCGAGCUCAUGCUAGCAGGAGUUCAUGGAAGGACAAAUGCUCUUGGUACCUUGAUGCUUUCUUUGACCAUUUAACUAAUUCAGAUGAGGAUGAUUAUGAUGAAGUCAAAUCUGACUUUUCUGACUAGUUUAUUGCAUUUGUUCUGAUAACUUGCAUUGUGUAGUUAGAUGAGUAAUUAAUUUGGUUAUUGACGGUGGUACUUAUAGAUCCAUUCAGACUUUCAUGUGGUACUCCACUUUUUAGGGGCUCAAAGCAUUUGAUUUUGUUGCAUUCAAUACCAAAAAUAUCGUGGCUCACGAGUAAGACCACUAAACCAUAUGUUUAGGCUUCCUAGAGUCGAAAACUCUUAAAACUUUGUUAUUAUUAUAUGAUUAUUCAUAAUAUGUUUAUAGUUUGUAUACCAGAA